CUAAAACCGCUGAACUCUUUCUCUCUCUAAACGCUCAAGCACACUUUUAUCUGCAAAUCUUCAUCUUCCCCGCUGGCUAUCUCGAAUCGAGGCGCAUAUACGUAUAGAUACAGACGCAUCUACACGUGCGGAGCUACAAUCCACCAACCAUGGCGGAUGUUAUGACCAUGGAAGCAAUUCACGCCACCGCCGACCGCCUCAAUAUCGACCUCUCCGCCCUCGAUUUCGAUUCCAUUCACCUUCCUCCGUCCGAAGAUUUCGGCAUCGCCAGUGAUGACGAUGAUUUGAAAGGGGAGGAAUCGUUGGAGUUCGAGGAGGGAUUUGGAAACAUAAUUGUGGUGGAUAAUCUGCCGGUUGUGGCUAAGGAGAAAUUCGAGAAAUUGGAAGGGGUUGUUCGCAAAAUCUACAGUCAGAUUGGGAUUAUUAAGGAAGACGGACUCUGGAUGCCUGUCGACCCUGACACCCAGAAAACCCUAGGAUAUUGUUUCAUUGAGUAUAACACUCCUCAGGAAGCUGAGUUAGCUAAAGAGAAGACUAAUGGAUACAAGUUGGACAGAUCUCAUAUCUUUGCUGUCAAUAUGUUUGAUGAUAUUGAAAAAUUUAUGAAAGUACCGGAGGAGUGGGCACCCCCAGAAGCCAAACCUUAUACCCCAGGGGAGAAUCUGCAAAAAUGGCUGACUGAUGAAAAGGCCAGAGACCAAUUUGUGAUCCAUGCUGGCUCGGACACUGAGGUCUUGUGGAAUGAUGCAAGGCAAUCAAAGCCCGAGCUUGUGUACAAGAAAACUUACUGGACAGAAAGUUUUGUGCAGUGGUCCCCAUUAGGGACUUACUUGGCAACAGUACACAGGCAGGGGGCUGCAGUUUGGGGAGGUGCAACUGCCUUUAACCGUCUGAUGCGUUAUCCUCAUCCACAGGUAAAAUUGAUUGACUUUUCUCCUGGUGAGAGAUUUUUGGUGACCUACAGCAGCCAUGAGCCAAGCAAUCCUCGCGAUACUCAUAGGGUUGUGAUAAACAUCUUUGAUGUGAGGACUGGGAAAGUUAUGAGAGAUUUCAAAGGCAGUGCUGAUGAAUUUGCCGUUGGUGGAACUGGAGGUGUUAGUGGUGUGUCCUGGCCUGUUUUCAGGUGGGGUGGUGGAAAAGAAGACAAAUACUUCGCAAGAAUUGGGAAAAACGUUGUUUCUGUGUACGAAACUGAAACUUUUACGCUAAUUGACAAGAAAUCAAUGAAGGUCGAAAAUGUUGUUGACUUCAGUUGGUCACCUACCGAUCCCAUCCUUGCACUCUUUGUCCCCGAACUGGGUGGAGGGAAUCAGCCUGCAAGGGUGAGUCUUGUGCAAAUACCUAGCAAAGAAGAGUUGAGGCAAAAGAACCUCUUCAGUGUUAGUGAUUGUAAAAUGUACUGGCAAAGUAAUGGAGAUUACCUCGCUGUUAAAGUUGAUCGGUACACAAAAACCAAGAAGAGCACAUACACUGGUUUUGAGCUUUUCAGGAUCAAAGAAAGGGAUAUACCUAUUGAAGUUUUGGAGCUCGAGAAUAAGAAUGAUAAGAUCAUUGCAUUUGCAUGGGAGCCAAAAGGCCACAGGUUCGCGGUCAUCCAUGGUGAGCACCCGAAGCCUGAUGUGAGUUUCUACUCGAUGCGCAGUGCAACCAACACUGGUCGGGUUUCGAAGCUCGCUACUAUUAAGGGAAAGCAGGCUAAUGCCCUUUUCUGGUCACCAACCGGACGCUUCAUUAUUCUUGCUGGUCUGAAAACUUUGAACGGGCAGUUGGAGUUUUACAAUGUCGAUGAGCUCGAGACCAUGGCACAAGCAGAGCAUUUCAUGGCAACAGAUGUUGAAUGGGAUCCGACAGGAAGGUAUGUUGUGACAGCUGUCACGUCUGUUCAUGAGAUGGAAAAUGGAUUCAACGUGUGGUCCUUUAACGGCAAGUUGCUGUACAGAAUACUGAAGGAUCAUUUCUUCCAAUUCUUGUGGCGCCCGAGACCCCAAUCUUUCUUGACUGCUGAGAAGGAAGAAGAAAUUGCCAAGAAUUUGAAGAAGUACAGCAAGAAGUACGAGGCUGAGGAUCAAGACGUAUCUAUGCUCCUAAGCGAACAAGACCGCGAGAAGAGGAAGAUGGUGAAAGAAGAAUGGGCUAGGUGGGUGAACGAAUGGAAGCGGCUUCAUGAGGAGGAUAAAUUGGAGAGACAGAAACUUCGUGAUGGGGAAGUUAGUGACGAGGAAGAGGAAUACGAGGCCAAGGAAGUAGAAAUUGAAGAGUUGCUGAAUGUUUCAGAGGAAGUUAUUACUGUUGACUAAAUGUUUGGUAGAAAAAUUUCAAUCGCCUGAAAUCUCGUUCAAACACGAUUUUUGAUUUUUUUGAGGUUGAGGCGAGGCCUGUCUCGCUUAGAUAAAGAUUUUUGUACGAUUUACUGACCAUAGCCCAACUUUUUUUUUUUUCACUAGUUAAUUGAUGGGAUUUAAUACUCUUUUGUAACAACUUUUCAUCUUUGUUCUAGUGGUUUAUGUUUUCCCUUGUUGGACUGUUAAAACAUGGAAAUUCUUUCUAGAAGCUGCUGGUGUUGGGUGA